AUGACUGGCCUGCUAUUGCGCUGGCUCUUUUGGGAUCUAGUGAAGGAAUUUGUGACCACAGCUGUUGACAAUGCAAGGAAAGGGCUAACAAAGCCCCAUAAGAAGGAGCUGUUGAUUGACUCUCCCCAGCAGUACAAGAGUUUGGCUGGAGCCGAGGUGGAGGCAGUCCGCAGUGGUGUGGACACCGGGAGUAUUGCAGUCUCGCCCAACAGCAACCUUUCCAUGGCUGUGUCGUUCCUCCACCAUCCACUCUCCUCAGGGAGGGAGGGAGCCCCAUGGCUGGGCUGGGUGGCUGAGAACCAGGCUGAGGCCCUGGGUGUGUCUGUCUGUAUGUGGUUCCCUGGCCCUGGCCUGGAGCUCAACAAUAUUUCGACUCAGAGACGCCAAGGAAGAACUGUCUACCCCACAGUGCCUGAGAARGCCGAGAAGGAGGCGCAGAGUCUGUUUGUCCAAGAGUGCAUCAAGACCUACAACACUGACUGGCAUGUCGUUAAUUACAAGUAUGAGGACUACUCUGGGGACUUUCGGCAGCUUCCAAACAAAGUGUCCAGACCAGACAAACUGGCUGUCCACGUUUUUGAGGUUGAUGAAGAUGUCGAUAAAGAUGAGGACACAACCUCCCUAGGUUCCCAGAAAGGAGGGAUCACCAAGCAUGGCUGGCUGUACAAAGGCAACAUGAACAGUGCCAUCAGUGUCACCAUGAGGUCUUUCAAGAGGAGGUAUUUCCACCUAACCCAGCUGGGUGAUGGCUCUUACAACCUGAACUUCUACAAGGAUGAGAAGAUCUCCAAAGAACCCAAAGGAACCAUCUUCCUGGACUCAUGUAUGGGAGUUGUUCAGGUGAUAUUCGAGGGAGAGAUGGAAGACUGGAUCGGCACUCUCAACAAGAUCCUCCACAGCAGCUUUGAGAUCGCCAUGCAGGAGAAGAGGAACGGGGACAUCCACGAUGAUGACGAGCCGGGAAAGGCAGACAGUUCGUUGGGGAGUAUGGACAGCUUUCAGAAACUUGACUUCUCAGGAAUUGAGCCAGAUAUAAAGCAAUAUGAAGAAAAGUUUGGCAAGCGCAUUUUGGUCAAUUGCAAUGACCUGGCCUURAACCUGCAGAGCUGUGUAGAGGAGAAUGACGAGGGACCAACAACAAACACUUUUGAUAGCAGUGAGAAGACGAACAUCUACUUUGAGGUGGAGGAGUUUGUUCCCUACAUAGCCAAGUGCUCCCAGCCGUUCACCAUCUACAACAAUCACCUCUAUGUCUACCCCAGGCACCUGAAGUACGACAGCCAAAAAUCCUUCGCAAAGGCUKGAAACAUAGCUGUCUGCAUCGAGUUCAAGGACUCUGACGAAGAGGAGGCUGUUUCGCUCAAGACUUUUGAUAGCAGUGAGAAGACGAACAUCUACUUUGAGGUGGAGGAGUUUGUUCCCUACAUAGCCAAGUGCUCCCAGCCGUUCACCAUCUACAACAAUCACCUCUAUGUCUACCCCAGGCACCUGAAGUACGACAGCCAAAAAUCCUUCGCAAAGGCUCGAAACAUAGCUGUCUGCAUCGAGUUCAAGGACUCUGACGAAGAGGAGGCUGUUUUGCUCAAGUUUAGAAUUGAGCUUCCCACUCAGCUCAAUGAGAAGCACCAUCUGCUCUUCACCUUCUUCACGUCGCUUGGGUUACGCCUGGCUCCUCUGCUGAAGGAUGGCAGGGUGAUCAUGAAUGAGAGUCACGUCCCGGUGGCUGCCAACCUGCCUGGCUACCUCAGCUGUCAAGAGGUUGUCAGCAAGCAGCAUCCUGAAAUCAAAUGGGUGGAUGGAGGCAAGCCUUUGUUCAAGGUGUCCACUCACCUUGUCUCCACUGUGUACACUCAGGAUCAACAUUUGCACCAUUUCUUUGCCCACUGUCAGAGCYCAGAGUCUGCAGCCCAGGUGACAGGAGGACAGCUGGUCAAGUAUCUGAAGAGUCUACACGCUAUGGAGAGUUCUGUGAUGAUACACUUCCUGCCCACCACUCUCAACCAGCUCUUCCGUGUGUUGACCAGUGCCACCCAUGAGGAGGUGGCUGUCAACGUCACCAAAGUCAUGAUUCACAUUGUUUCCCAGUGCCACGAAGAGGGGCUGGAACACUACCUACGAUCAUAUGUCAAGUAUGUGUUUAAGACCGAGCCAUACACAUCCUCUACCACGAGAACAGUUCACGAGGAGCUGGCCAAAGCCAUGACUGCAAUUCUAAAGCCUUCCACAGACUUCCUCACRAGCAACAAAUUGCUCAAGUACUCGUGGUAUUUCUUCGAAGCCUUAGUGAAGUCCAUGGCACAGUACUUGAUUGAGAGCAGUAAAGUGAGGCUGUCCAGGAACCAGCGUUUCUCGCGGUUCCACCACACGUGGAGACCCUGGCUUGUCUUCAAGCAGAUCAACCACUACAUCCACUGCUUUGUCCUGGAGAACCCCAGCGACCUCCAGUUGGACUACUCGCUGACAGACGACUUCUGUAAGAACCACUUCCUGGUUGGGCUGCUGCUGCGGGAGGUGGGCGGGGCCUUGCAGGAGUUCCGGGAGAUCCGUCAGAUAUCCAUCCACGUGCUCAAGAACCUGAUGGUCAAGCACACCUUUGACGAGCGCUACACCUCCAAGAGUCAGCAGGCUAGGUUGGCCACCCUUUACUUGCCCCUGUUCGGUCUGCUCCAGGAGAAUGGAAGAGAUGAUCCACUCUUGGGCAACACCGUGAUAAUGACGCCUCCGAGGUCCAGUACUUUUUUCGACAACAGUUUGCACAAGGAUUUGUUUGGAGUCAUCUCUGGCACCGCCUCCCCUCAUGCAUCCUCUACCCCCAACGUUAACUCUGUCCGCCACGCUGACUCCCGGGGCUCCCUAAUCAGCACUGACUCUGGAUACAGCCUUCAUGAGAAGAGCAACGAUAAGAACAACUCUCUGGACAAGAGCCAGCCAGCGUCAGCUCUGAGCGGCAGCCUGCUGCGUUGUGACAAGCUGGACCAGGCUGAGAUCAAGAGCCUGCUCAUGUGCUUCCUCCACGUCCUCAAGAACAUGUCUGAGGAUGCUCUGUUUACCUAUUGGAACAAGGCCUCGUCUACUGAGCUCAUGGACUUCUUCACUCUAGUAGAAGUGUGUCUCCAUCAAUUCAGAUAUAUAGGAAAGAGAUGCAUCGCAAGGGCGGGAAUGAUACAUGCCCGCUUACAGCAACUCAACAGCCUGGAUAACUCAUACACUUUUAACCACACCUAUAGCCAKUCUGAUGCUGACGUGCUGAACCAAUCGGUUCUGGAGGCUAACAUCGCCACGGAGGUCUGCCUCACCGUGCUGGACACGCUCAGCAUCUUCAUCGUGGGAUUCAAGACCCAGCUCUGUUCGGACCAUGGCCACAACCCGCUCAUGAAGAAGGUGUUUGAGGUGCACCUCUGCUUCCUACAAAUCAACCAAUCAGAGACGGCCCUCAAGCAGGURUUCACCUCGCUGCGCACCUUCAUCUACAAGUUCCCCUGCACCUUCUUCGAGGGCCGAGCGGACAUGUGUGCUUCGUUCUGCUACGAGAUCCUGAAGUGCUGCAACUCCAAGCUGAGCUCCAUCCGCAGCGACGCCGCCCACCUCCUCUACUUCCUCAUGAAGAGUAACUUUGACUACACAGGACGCAAGUCCUUCGUCCGCACUCACCUACAGGUGGUGAUCGCUGUCAGUCAGCUGAUUGCUGACGUCAUCGGUAUCGGAGGAACCCGCUUCCAGCAGUCCCUGUCCAUCAUCAACAACUGUGCCAACAGUGACAAGACAAUCAAGAACACCGCCUUCCCAUCAGAUGUGAAGGACCUGAAACGGAUCAGGACGGUCCUGAUGGCCACGGCUCAGAUGAAGGAGCAUGAGAGGGACCCGGAGAUGCUGGUGGAUCUGCAGUACAGCCUAGCCAAGUCCUACGCGCAACAGCCGAGCUCCGCAGACCUGGCUGGACAGCAUGGCCCGCAUCCAUGUGAAAAUGGAAGACCUGUCGAGGUCUGUACCAGGCUAGGGUUAAGGCUAGGGUCGAGCGUGAAGAAUGGAGCACUGUCCGAGGUCGGUACGCAGGCUCGGGUUCAGGCUAGGGGUCAGAGUGUGAAAAAUGGAGACCUGUCGAGUUCGGGUCAGAGUGUGAAGAAUGGAGACCUGUCCGAGGCAGCCAUGUGUUAUGUGCACGUGGCAGCCCUGGUGGCCGAGUAUCUCCGGAGGAAAGGCAUGUUCAAGCAGGGCUGCUUAGCCUUCCGAGUGGUCACCCCCAACAUUGAUGAGGAGGUAUCCAUGAUGGAGGAUGUGGGCAUGCAGGAUGUCCACUUCAACGAGGAUGUCCUGAUGGAGCUGUUGGAGGAGUGUGCUGACGGCCUGUGGAAGGCUGAGCGCUAUGAGCUCAUCUCAGACGUCUACAAGCUCAUCAUCCCCAUCUAUGAACAGGGGAGGGAUUUUGAGAAACUGUCUCACCUGUAUGACACACUCCAUCGGGCCUACAUCAAAGUGACAGAGGUCAUGCACACGGGCAAGAGGCUGCUGGGAACCUACUUCAGAGUGGCUUUCUUUGGCCAGGCAGCGCAGUACCAGUUUACUGACUCUGAGACUGAGGGAUUCUUUGAGGAUGAAGAUGGUAAGGAGUACAUCUACAAAGAACCCAAAUUCACCCCACUGUCAGAGAUAUCUCAGAGGCUACUCAAGCUCUACUCUGACAAGUUCGGCCCGGAGAAUGUCAAGAUGAUUCAGGACUCUGGGAGGAUCAACCCUAAAGAUCUGGACUCUAAGUACGCCUACAUCCAGGUGACCCACGUUACCCCGUUCCUGGAAGAGAAGGAGCUGAUGGACAGGAAGACAGACUUUGAGAAGAGCCACAACAUCCGGCGCUUUGACUUCGAGAUGCCCUUCACCGUGUCGGGGAAGAAGCAGGGAGGGGUGGAGGAGCAGUACAAACGCAGGACCAUCCUGACCAGUNNNCACUGUUUCCCCUAUGUGAAGAAGCGUAUUGCGGUGAUGUACCAGCACCACACAGACCUGAACCCCAUAGAGGUGGCUAUAGAUGAGAUGAGCAAGAGGUUGACCGAGCUAAGACAGCUAGUUGCCACCAGCGAGGUGGACAUGAUCCGCCUGCAGCUCAAACUACAAGGCAGCAUUAGUGUCCAGGUAAAUGCUGGUCCCCUCGCAUAUGCCCGAGCUUUCCUGGAUGAUGCCAGCACCAAGAAGUACCCUGACAACAAGGUCAAACAACUUAAAGAGGUCUUCAGGCAGUUUGUGGAGGCGUGUGGCCAUGGCCUGGGCAUCAACGAGCGGCUGAUUAAAGAGGACCAGCAGGAGUACCAUGACGAGAUGAAGGCCAACUACAGAGACCUGGCCAGAGAGCUGUCUGACAUCAUGCACGAGCCAAUCAUUCCAGUGGAGGAUGGCAUGAAGAGCGUUCUUCCAGACUCACUGCACAUCUUCAACGUCAUCAGUGGUACCCCCAGCGGUGCCACCAUCGUGGGCAUGCCCAACUCCUCCUCUGUGGUGUGAGACCCACCGGGAUUGGCUGACUCCUGACUUCAACGCUCUGUGCCAGCMCUGCCAUGAGUGGCCAUUCCUGCUUUUCUGUUCUCCUUAUCAUCAAGUUUGCUUCUGGCUAAACUGAGACAAUAUUGAUGUUCUGUUAAUUUUCUCUCACACCUUCUCUGGCUUGUCCAAUGGGCCAGGACAAAGGACUGUGUUACACUGUUGUAUAGAGUACAGUCACUCUGUGGAGGAUGGGACCAGGGACAUUCAUCCAUGAGGAUUGAUUGAAUACAUAAUUUAAACAUUCACAGUGUAGGUUGGAAAAAGUAUGUGAACCCCUAGGCUAAUGACUUCUCCAA